AUGCGUUUCCCAUCUGGUUCCCUCUUUUCCCUAUUUCUCUUCUUUUUCUUGUUCCUCGCCGCUCUCACAGCCCCCAACACCGACCCCAAGGGGUCCAAUAAAACUCUGGCGCCAUGGUAUGCUUUGUGCGAGAAGAGUGGAUUCUUCUCUGUUGACAACGGCCUCCCACUGUCUAGUGUAUUGUCUGGUGACACUAGUCCUCCUGCUGGGUUUACAGAGAAGACAACUAUCAUCAACAUCGUCUGCGGGGUUGCCUCUUUCAUACUUUCACUAUACGCGGCCAUCUCCACAUACAUGAAGAAUCGACUGGAUAACGGGGCUCUGGCCGCACUUGAAGGAAGGGUGGCCGAUCUAGAAGGCAACGAGGCUGGGCCCGAGCCCGAGGCCGAGGCUGAGCCCGAGGAAAAUGCCGAGGCCGAGGCCGGGCCCGUGGCAGUUGAUGAUGCUCUCCGUCGCCGUGUUGGUAAACUUGAGAGGGGUGUUGAGCUGACGUCCACCAAGCUCAACCCAGAGAGCCAUAUCAUCCUGGACCAACCACUCCUUCGACUCCCACACGAACUAGCCCGCAGGAAUUUUAAAACCGUACAACGAGCUGUGGAGCGAGAGAAAGAAUAUGUUAUCCCCGCAAUCAAAGAGACCGCCGCCGCUUCACUCUCCAACACCCAAACGCCCGACCAGACCCUCGCUGCACUUGACGCAAUGAUAUCCAGAAUGCAAGGCCUCAAAAGGAAAAUGGAAAGUCUUCAAGAGGAAGAGAAGAAAAUCCACAACCAAUCUCGCAAGCGCAUUCAGCAUUUGGAGACCCUGCAUAAGAUCCCGAGCCUAGCCGAUGUCAAGUACGAUCAGUGGUCAAGGGUACGGCUUGACCGCUUGCUUGUUGACCAUAUGCUGCGCUCCGGUUACUCAGAAAGUGCGAAGCAGCUGGCCCAGGAUAGGGGCGUGGAGGAUCUUGUGGACCUCGGAGUAUUCACGCAGUGUCAACGGGUUGUGGAUAGCUUACGGCGCGGGGAAACUAAGGAGGCACUGCAGUGGUGCGGAGAGAAUAAGGCUGCACUGAAGAAGAGCCAGCAUAACCUUGAAUUCGAGCUCCGGUUGCAGCAAUACAUCGAGAUGGUCAGGACCCAAGACAAGUCUAAGAAGAUUGAGGCAAUAAUUCAUGCGAAGAAAUACCUCAUACCGAACCAUCAAUCUCAGAAUUCGGAGAUCAUGCGCGCUGCAGGCUUACUGGUUUUCACGCAAGACACAAGAGCCGAGCCUUACAAAUCUCUCUUUGCACUGAAUCGCUGGAGGUAUCUUGCACAGCUUUUCAUUCAGACUCACCAUGAACUGCUUUCAUUGCCAUCACAAGCAUUAUUACAUAUUGCACUUUCCGCGGGACUUUCAGCUCUUAAAACACCCCUAUGCCAUUCAGCAUAUACAUCAUCUAGCUCAAACUCGCAGUCAACCUCGACAUCUGUGUGCCCUAUCUGCUCAACUGAACUGAACGAGCUUGCACGCAAAAUGCCAUAUGCCCACCACUCGAAGAGUUACGUCGAAAGCGAUCCAAUAGUUCUACCCAAUGGCCGAGUCUAUGGGAAGCAAAGACUGAUAGAGAUCAGCCGGAAGAUGGGAUCAGUAGAACCAGGCAACGUCAAAGACCCAACAACAGGCGAGGUUUUCCACGAGAGCGAGAUGAAGAAAGUGUACAUAAUGUGA